AUGGAAUUACAGAUUCAGAUUUUAGAAUCUAAUUACGGAACAGAUUCAUCGAUGGACUCCCUAGAUAAGUGGCCUUUGCCCUUGACACUCUGGAAUAACGUGGCACCCCAGUUAGAGUGCCGCGACUCUACUGUGACGAAAUUAAAACAAAAAAAGCGAAUAAGGAUGCGCAGUGAGACGGAAAAUCGGCCGAAAGGAGUCUGCACCCAGAGGCCUCGGACACAGACAGACAGCAGCGGAGGCGGCGACGGCGGGGCGGGUGGUUAUCAAGGUCCCGCCGACACGCUCGCGUCUGUCGGUAAAUUCGAGGCGAGUGAGAGCGAGUGGGCAAGCAAGCAAGUGGGCAAGAGGCAGGAGUGGGCAAGCAAGCGAGUGGGCAAGAGGCAGGAGUGGGCAAGAGGUAGGAGUGGGAAAGAGGCAGGAGUGGGCAAGAGGCAGGAGUGGGCAAGAGGUAGGAGUGGGAGGGGCAAGUGGGCAAGAGGCAGGAGUGGCAAGAGGCAGGAGUGGGCAAGAGGCGGAGUGGGCAAGAGGCAGAGUGGGCAAGAGGCAGGAGUGGGCAAGAGACAGGAGUGGCAAGAGGCAGCGAGUGGGCAAGAGGCAGCGAGUGGCAAGAGGCAGGAGUGGCAAGAGGCAGGAGUGGGCAGAGGCGCGAGUGGGCAAGAGGUGGAGGAAGUCGACGGGGGCAAGAAGGCAGGAGUGGGCAAGAGGCAGAGGGCAAGAGCAGAUGGGCAAGAGGCAGGAGUGGGCAAGAGGCAGGAGUGGGCAAGAGGCAGGAGUGGGCAAGAGGCAGGAGUGGGCAAGAGGCAGGAGUGGGCAAGGCAGAGUGGGCAAGAGGCAGGAGUGGGCAAGAGGCAGACGGCAGUGGGCAAGAGGCAGGAGUGGGCAAGAGGCAGCGAGUGGGCAAGGCAGAUGGCAAGAGAGAGUGGGCAAGAGGCAGCGAGUGGGCAAGAGGCAGGAGUGGGCAAGAGGCAGGAGUGGGCAAGAGUGCAGGUGUGUGGCAAGUUGCAGAGUGGGCAAGAGGCAGUGAGUGGGCAAGAGGCAGGAGUGGGCAAGAGGUGGGCAAGAGGCAGCGAGUGGGCAAGAGGCAGCGAGUGGGCAAGAGGCAGGAGUGGGCAAGAGACGGAGUGGGCAAGAGGCAGGAGUGGGCAAGAGGCAGGAGUGGGCAAGAGCGCAGCGAGUGGGCAAGAUGGCAAGGCAGGGGGCAAGAGGCAGCGAGUGGUGCAAGAGGCAGGAGUGGCAAGAGAGGAGUGGCAGAGGCGGCGAGUGGGCAAGAGGCAGGAGUGGGCAAGAGGCAGCGAGUGGGCAAGAGGCAGGAGUGGGCAAGAGGCAGGAGUGGGCAAGAGGCAGGAGUGGGCAAGAGGCAGUGAGUGGGCAAGAGGCAGGAGUGGGCAAGAGGCAGGAGUGGGCAAGAGGCAGGAGUGGGCAAGAGGCAGGAGUGGGCAAGAGGCAGGAGUGGGCAAGAGGCAGCGAGUGGGCAAGAGGCAGGAGUGGGCAAGAGGCAGGAGUGGGCAAGAGGCAGGAGUGGGCAAGAGGCAGGAGUGGGCAAGAGGCAGGAAGUGGGCAAGAGGCAGGAGUGGGCAAGAGGAGGAGGGGAAGGGCAAGAGGCAGGAGUGGGCAAGAGGCAGGAGUGGGCAAGAGGCAGGAGUGGGCAAGAGGCAGCGAGUGGGCAAGAGGCAGCGAGUGGGCAAGAGGCAGGAGUGGGCAAGAGGCUCGCGCGGGCAGACGCGGCAGCCGGCGUCGGGGUGUCUCGUCCCCGCCUUCGCGCCGACAAAACCCGAUUGA